AUGUCCCAGCUCUCCUCCACUCUGAAGCGGUAUGUCGACUCUUCCCGCUACGCCGAGACCACCUACAGCAAGGUGCCCAGCAGCUACAGCUCCUAUGCCUCCUACGGAUCCACCUUGGCCACAUCCUAUGCAGACAGCGACAAAAUCGGCUUCAAAGCCAGCUACCUGGCCUUCCCCCGCUACCACCACACGGGGCUGUCCCCAGCCAGCGGCUAUGACAGCAUCGGCCCGUGGUGGAAGCUGGUCUGCCCCAGCGAAGGAUCUGACCUGUCCUUUGCGUCCCUGCAGCUCUGUCCCACUGUCGUCCACCAAACUGGGACAAUGACGGCUGGGGGGUUCUUUUCUGCUUCCAGCUCCAAGGUGGUGCAGGGGCUGACCGGCCUGCGAAAUCUCGGCAAUACGUGCUUCAUGAACUCCAUCCUGCAGUGCCUGAGCAACACCAAGGAGCUGCGGGAUUACUGCUUGCAGAACCAGUACCUGCGGGACCUCAACAACAACAGCCGCAUGCGCACUGCGCUCAUGUCAGAGUUUGCAAAGCUGAUUCAGCUGCUCUGGACCUCAUCCCCCAAUGACAGUGUGAGCCCCUCCGAGUUCAAGACGCAGAUCCAGAGAUAUGCUCCCCGCUUCGUCGGCUACAACCAGCAGGAUGCGCAGGAGUUCCUGCGGUUCCUCCUCGACGGGCUGCACAGCGAGGUGAACCGUGUGCUGGUGCGCCCACGGCCCAGCACAGACACCCUGGACCACCUCCCUGACGAUGAGAAGAGCCGCCAGAUGUGGAGGAGGUACCAGGAGAGGGAGGACAGCCGCAUUGGUGACCUCUUCGUUGGGCAGCUGAAGAGUUCGCUAACCUGCAGCGAGUGUGGCUACUGCUCCACAGCCUUUGAUCCCUUCUGGGACCUGUCCCUGCCCAUCCCCAAGAAAGGCUACGGGGAGGUGACCCUCUUGGAUUGCCUACGGCUCUUCACCAAAGAGGACGUGCUGGAUGGGGACGAGAAACCGACGUGUUGUCGUUGCAAAGCCAGGACAAGAUGCACAAAGAAAUUCAGCAUCCAGAAGUUCCCCAAGAUCCUGGUGCUUCACCUGAAGCGCUUCUCAGAGGCCAGGAUACGAACGAGCAAGCUCACCACCUUCGUCAACUUCCAGCUGAAGGACCUGGACCUCCGGGAGUUUGCCUCGCAGAGCUGCAACCACGCCAUUUACAACCUCUACGCCGUCUCCAACCACUCGGGCACCACCAUGGGGGGACACUACACCGCCUACUGCAAGAGCCCCGUCUCCAGUGAGUGGCACAGUUUCAACGACUCCCGUGUUACCCCGAUGUCAUCCAGCCACAUCCGCAGCAGCGAUGCCUACCUACUCUUCUACGAGCUGGCCAGCCCAUCCUCCCGCAUGUAGCCAGACCUGCCUCCCUGGGGACCCCUGUGGCCCCCU